UCACAAGCUAACGCUAGCUAGCGAGCUGUCAAGCUGUCAAGUGGAGAGGCUGGGGCAGACGGUUCAGCUUCUCUCCCUGGCUUGGCCGUACACUGAUUCUCCCCCUCAGAAACACAAGAGCCGAGCUUAUUCUUUUGCUCACCAACUGAGAUAAUGUAAUGCAAAACGAGAGCGCGUAAAGAGGGAGCACAGUUCCAGAGUUUAUAUGCACUGAGUGUUGAGUGACGACAGUUCACUGCUAGCUGUAAGCUAGCUAGCUUAGCCACCGCUAACACUUACAUUUCGUCGUUGAACACCUUCUGGUGGUAACUGCGGACACUCGGUCCCUACUGCACAUUGCGUUGCUGUCAUCUGAUAAUUUCUCUGCUUGGUUGUUUGAGGGACACAAUGGGGGCAUUUCUGGACAAACCAAAGAUGGAAAAGUACAAUUCCCAUGGCGAGGGUAACAACCUGAGGUAUGGGCUGAGCAGCAUGCAGGGUUGGCGGGUUGAGAUGGAAGACGCACACACUGCGGUGAUCGGUCUGCCCCACGGCCUCGACCCCUGGUCGUUUUUCGCCGUGUAUGACGGGCACGCCGGCUCUCAGGUUGCUAAGUACUGCUGCGAGCACCUGCUGGAGCACAUCACUAGCAACUCAGACUUCCAAAGCGCCAUACAGGAGGACACCAGCGUGGACAGCGUGAAGAACGGCAUCCGCACGGGAUUCCUACAGAUCGACGAACACAUGCGAACCAUCUCGGAGAAGAAGCACGGCGUGGACCGCAGCGGCUCCACCGCAGUAGGCGUGAUGAUCUCGCCAAGCCAUAUCUACUUUAUCAACUGUGGAGACUCGCGGGGUCUCCUCAGCAGGGGGGGAGCCGUGCACUUCUUCACACAGGAUCACAAACCCAGCAACCCAUUGGAGAAGGAGAGGAUCCAGAACGCCGGCGGCUCGGUCAUGAUCCAGCGAGUUAACGGCUCCCUCGCUGUGUCUAGAGCCCUGGGGGAUUUCGACUACAAGUGUGUCCAUGGAAAAGGCCCAACGGAGCAGCUCGUUUCCCCAGAGCCUGAGGUGUAUGCGAUAGAAAGAAGCGAGGGGGAAGAUGAAUUUAUUAUACUUGCUUGUGAUGGCAUCUGGGAUGUCAUGGCCAACGAGGAACUCUGUGACUUUGUGAGGUCAAGGCUGGAAGUUACAGAGGAUCUUGAAAAAGUCAGCAAUGAGAUUGUUGACACUUGCUUGUACAAGGGGAGCCGGGACAAUAUGAGUGUUGUGUUAAUCUGCUUUCCUGGGGCCCCGAAGGUUUCUCCAGAAGCUGUGAAACGUGAGGCGGAGCUGGACAAAUAUCUUGAAACCAGAGUAGAAGAGAUCAUCAAAAAGCAGGGAGACGAAGGCGUCCCAGAUUUGGUCCAUGUUAUGCGGACGUUAGCGUCUGAGAGCAUCCCGAACCUCCCCCCUGGUGGAGAGCUGGCCAGCAAACGAAGUGUUAUUGAAGCAGUGUACAACAAACUUAACCCGUACCGAAGCGAUGACACUGACUCGGCAUCUACAGACGACAUGUGGUAACACACCCUCCUACCACUAACACAACAUAGAGUUUACAAACCACCAUCCUCUCAAGACCCACAGCAGCUCAGCUCAGCAGUCUGUCUCUCCGUCACUCUGAGCUUUUGGUUUCUAAGAAGGGAAUACAUGGGAGGAGGAGGAAGAGGAGGAGGAAGAGUUGCAUGCACACAAACCUGGAAUAGUGCAGCACCAGUCCACUCUGGAGUUCAGGAUCCCCACCAUCUUGUCUCCCUUUUUAUGUUCACCCUCCUUAUUAUUCUUCUCUAAAAGUAAUCCACAACAAGUGAGUCCACAAGUUUUUUUUUUGUUCGUUUUUUUUGUUAAAUAAUCCGCCUGAAUAGUAGAUUUUUUUUUGCUGUAAUUAAUUUGAUUCACAUUUCCUUGUGUGUUUGUAUAUUUCUGUUUUUGUGAAGUGCAAUUGUCCUGUACAAACAGCCUGUAUUUAAUGCAGCUUGAUUUUAAGUUUAAGAACGAGAGAGAGGGGGGAAAAAAAUGAAAGAAAUGGAAAAAAAGAGAACUUUUUAUGCACUAUCUGCCUUUUUCUGCUCUUCUGAAAUUCAAAUGUUUAUUCAGUGAAUAUUACCGCAGCGUCCGCAAGGCACAAUGUCUCUGCUUUUUACUUUCCCUCUGCAACACUUUCCUGUCUUUAAUAGUCCAUCUAUGCUCCUUUAAGAAACGGGUAAAUUGUAUAAUUGACAGCACAGUAAGCUCUCUAUAUCAAACAGUUGAAAUCCUGAUCAGUUUUGUUUUUAUUUUACUUUCAUAACAGGUUUUCUGUACACUCUAAUAAUAAUAAUAAUAAUAAUGGCAGUUUGACAGAACGAAGUGGAAAAAUCUUUCUUUUUGUCCAUUUUUAAGAGGCAUUUACAGACUGGUGUCGACUGUUUGUGGAUAGAUGCUUGCAGGUGUGUGUGUGUGUGCGUGCGUGUGUGUGCGUGUGCGUCCGUGUGUGUGUGUAGGUUGUUGUAUGGAGCUGGAGUUUAAGGGAAAAGUCGCCCCCCAGAAACCGCCAUGCUUUAACUCGGAACAGCUUUGGAUAAUAAAAUAUAUAGAUGCUGUUAUUCUGUAAUGAACUAAGUUAACCCAAAUUGGCCUGAAUUUAUAAAUAUAUUGUCAUAUUUAGAAAAACUAAUCCCUAAACAUCCAAGUAGACCACUAUAGGUGCCAUAUGUUGUUAUUUUUAAUCUUUAUUACAGCGUAUGCCAAUUAAUUUCUGUGGUUUCCUCAUCAGAUAAUUUGAUUUGAACUGUUUUAAGCACUGAUUUUCUAGGAUUAAUGUUUUAAAAAGAGAAACUAUUGGCUCUUAUAUUAAUAAGACUAUUUAUUUCUCCUGGUCUUCAUGUGAACCAAGAACAAAUGCAUCACUUAAAUCUGUCCUGCUUAACCAAUAAACCACAGCAAAGAGUUUGCUGCUGUUUGUCUGUUAUGUGGGUUAAUUUUUUUUAAAUAUAUAUAGAUAUAUAUUUCUAAUUUCCCCCAGUAAAUAACUAAAUAAAUCACUGACUAAACGUGUAUUUAACAACACAGUAGAUGUAUUUCUUGAAGAGAAAUGCUUUAUUUCAGAUUUCUGCCAUUUUCUUUUUUUGUCUUGCAUUGUUAUGAAUUUUUUUGUAUGUAUAUAAUAUUUCUGGCCUAAUUUUUUUGAGGAAUAAAUCAUUUCGCUUGAGUAUUUUUUUUUUUCUUUAAAAUGCCAUUUAGCCUAAAUGUGAAAUCAGCUUUUCUUCUAAUAAUUUUGUAAAUGUUUCAUUAAUGUAGAACAGAGUAAUAAUUUACUAAAUUUAUAAUCCUUAAUUUAUCUUUAAAAGAAAAAAAAAGACAAUCCUAACUACUACACCACAUUUCUGCUUGUGGUGAGUUGUUAAAUCCUAAAAAUCAGACUUCAAGCUGCUUUCCUAUUGUGCUUUUGUGGCAAAAAA